AUGAUUUAUCAUCUCAAUCUUCUCGCCCCAAAUGAGCUGGAAGAAUUCGUUACUAGCGUAUUAUCAGCUAAACUCAAACAGCUUUAUAUACAAGUACAGCGAAACUUCAUCGAAACGCUACAACGGCUUGAUGAUGAUGAUGAUGAGGAGGAGGAGGAGGAGGAUGAGGAUGAGGAUGAGAAUGAGGAUGAGGAUGAGGAUAAUGAGGAUGACGAUGAGGAUAAGGAUAAUGAGGAU